UGGAAAAGGAACGCCAGGCUGGGCCAAAUCAGCAUUUGUCUCUAGGAGCAGGAAAAUGAACCCGCCCACCAGGGUCCAAGAGCAUCCUCGUUUUGCUGGCUCCAGCAGUCAUGCCAGCCAAUACAGGACCAGAGCCUUCGCAGACCUGCACACCCAGGACCGGGAAAAUGACACUUCUGCUCGCAGGUGUAACGCUGGUGUCCGCCUUUGGAUCGUCUUUCCAGUAUGGUUACAAUGUCUCCGUGAUCAACUCUCCAGCUGUGUUCAUGCAAGAGUUUUACAAUCACACCUACCUUGACAGGAAGGGCUUCCCGAUGGAGAGCAGCUUCCAAACACUGCUCUGGUCUCUCACGGUGUCUAUGUACCCACUCGGAGGUUUCUUUGGGUCCCUUAUGGUCGGCCCUCUGGUGAACAAAUGUGGCAGAAAGGGUACUUUGCUGAUAAAUAACAUCUUCUCCAUUGUCCCCGCCAUCCUCAUGGGAACCUCCAAGGUGGCAAAGACCUUUGAGGUGAUCAUCCUCUCGCGAAUCAUCGUGGGAAUAUGCGCUGGCCUGUCUUCCAAUGUCGUUCCCAUGUAUCUGGGAGAGAUGUCCCCCAAAAACCUGAGAGGUGCGGUCGGGGUGGUGCCUCAGCUCUUCAUCACCAUUGGCAUCCUUAUAGCUCAGAUCCUGGGUCUUACUGACAUCCUUGGAAACAUUGACGGCUGGCCGGUAUUACUAGGGCUAACUGGGAUCCCUGCAGUGGUGGAACUCCUCCUGUUGCCCUUCUUUCCUGAGAGUCCCAGGUACCUACUGAUACAGAAGGGCAAUGAAGAACAAGCCAGACAAGCUCUGAAGAGGCUAAGAGGCUGGGACGACGUGGAUGAUGAGAUCGAAGAGAUGCGUCGGGAAGAUCAGUCAGAAAAGUUGGAAGGUCGUCUGUCUGUGUUCAACCUCUUCACCUUCCGGGCCCUGCGGUGGCAGCUCAUCUCCAUCAUUGUCAUGAUGAUGGGCCAGCAGCUUUCUGGAAUUAAUGCGAUCUUCUACUAUGCAAACGAUAUCUUCAGGUCUGCAGGUGUGAAUGAAAACAACGUGCAGUAUGUCACCGUGGGGAUAGGUGCAGUCAAUGUGUUCAUGACUUGUGUAGCGGUUUUCAUCAUUGAGUCCCUGGGGAGGAGACUUCUGCUUCUCGCUGGCUUUGGGAUCUGCUGUGUAUCCUCUGCUGUGUUAACGGUGGCCCUCAAUCUCCAGGCCACUGUCUCCUGGAUGCAGUACCUCAGCAUAGCCUGCGUCAUCGUCUAUAUCAUUGGACACGCUAUCGGAGCUAGUCCAAUCCCCUCUGUGAUGAUAACUGAAAUGUUCCUUCAGUCGUCCCGGCCUGCAGCCUUCAUGGUGGGUGGAUCUGUGCAUUGGCUCUGCAACUUCACGGUGGGACUCGUCUUCCUUUAUAUGGUGGAAGGGCUUGGAGCCUAUUGCUUCCUUGUCUUCUGCGCCAUCUGCCUGGCCACUGUCAUUUACAUCUUCAUCAUUGUCCCCGAAACCAAGGGCAAAACCUUCAUGGAGAUUAAUCAGAGCAUGGCCAAGAGGAACAAGGUAGAAAUCCAGAUGGACAAAGAAAAGCUGAAUGAUUUCCAGCCCGCCUUCGAGACACUGAAGAAGAAUGAAGAAGGAUACUCCAUCACUGGGCUCUGAACCGGUCCACGCUUUCCUCUUCCCUGGAGGAGCAGCUUCCUGGCUGGACCUUUGCUUUUUCAUUCAAACUUUUUCUGCAUGUCUCCCACAGUGAGAGAGUUUCCAAAGAAGCCAGAGAGCAGAGUCGCACUAGUUGCUCCCUGCCAGCGCUAGCAUGAAUGUUGAUGGCAAUGUUUGGGUUUAGAAAAUUUAUCUCCUUUCUCUGCAUUCACAGGUUGAGCUAAUUGGGGACCCUAACUCUCAGGCAGCAAAACAUUGUCACUUAAUGCUUAAGCAGCAUGUCCAAAAUGCUCUGUAAACUAGUCCAAAUUCUGGAGAGGUGGGUAUCACUGUCCCUGCCUUCCAGAUAGGGUAACCGAGGCAGUGAAAUUUACAAAGAAUAAUUUGCAGAGCUGGGAUUAAAUCCCACAAGCGCCUGCCUUCCAGCCCUGCUCUGGCCAGUAGAGUGUGCUGUCCCUGGUGGAUGUAAGCUGCCAAUUCAAUGGGCGCAGCAUAACUCUGGUACGAAACAAAACAAAAAAAUACCAAGAGAAUAGUACAAUGAAAGCUCUGGGGCUGGGUAGGGAGUGGAUCAGUGCGGGGCAGUGGCCCAUCCUCAGGACCUGCUUUGUGCAGCUGCCUUAGGGCCCAUCCAGCAGCAAGAGGGACCCCACCUGGGAUGCAGUGUGGGGCAUCCAGCCCUGGUUGCACAGAAGGGGGAAAGCCCUUACCAUAAGGCUAACACCCUGUCCCUGCAUCCCUGCUGCCAUGGGACACAUGAGGGUAUCGCCCUGGUGGUCCCUCUGGCAAAUUUGACUCUUUGGGCCUCUGUAGCAUCACAUAACAUUGUGCAGUGACAUGGCUGGGAGCGGCGCCACUGUGAUAUAGGGUCCGUGCCAUGGUGCCAAGUGUGACUUCCCAGCAAAGGAGCAAAUGCAGCUCUUCCUCCUCCCUCCCACUGCUGCUCUGGGUGUUCUUGCACCCCCGGGUUCAUGAUUUCAGUGGGUGCCGCUGAAUCCAUGAACCCCCACUAAAGUUGCCCCUGGUGCUGCCUGUCCAGUUAACUCUCCCUAAUGCAGUUUCCAUCACACAUAGCAGGGCUGGGACAAACCAGCUUGGAGCUAACUAGACCCCUCCCCAGGUCAGUGCCAAGCAAGCAGGCUGUGAGCCCCUGGGAGCGCGCUCUGGCUUUCGUCAUCGCUGGAAGUAUUGUCCCACUCCACCAUUCAAGCCAGUGUUGCUUAAAGAGCCACCCAAGGAAAACUGAGUGGGUGGCCCUCUGCUGGCCCUCCCAACCAGACAGAGGAAGCUGGUGCCUCUGAGAGCCAGUGGGCAAAAGCUCCAUCAGGCAGAAGUGUGAAGAUCCUUGAUGUGGCAAUAGCUAGCGAAACAGGGAGGUUCUCGGAAAGAACUGGUGAGGAAGAGGGUAACAUUAGCCCUUAAUGCAGAAAAGGCUCUUGCUAGGUUGUGCUGGACCGAUUGGUUUGUAGCUGUAAAUAAAUCUGAUUGGAUGAGGACUUCUGCCCAUGGCUGUCAUGGCACAGGCUGAGAGAGGUCUCUGCAUCGCAAAUGGUUGCUGGUCGCAAACGUUCUCAGUACAUCAAGUGCCUGGUCAGGAUGGCCGGCUCACUCUUGUUGUGUAACCCUUCUAGGUGGCCUGUGGGAGCGGUGCUGAGCGCCAAUUGCACCACUGGGGGCUGGAGCUGGGGAUGAAGGGUGCAAUGAAAUUCUAACUGCAGCAGAAAUGCCAAGGGUUGGUGUCCUUAAGAGGGAGUUUUACAAUCCCAAAAAGUGACAAUUUCCAGGUGAUGUGGUAGGUCAUUGCUUAAGACAGGGACUCUCAUCUUUGGCCCUUAGCAACAUCUGAUAGUCCAGGUUUUUAAUCCAACCAGCACUUAAUAGUUUGUUCUUUAAAUGUCCACUGCUUAAUAUUGCAUAUGAAAUACUCAGAUGUCCUAAUUCAUACUAAAGUCUAGGGCAUGUGGGAAUUCUAUAUGCAAUGCAAACCAGUGGAUUUUAAUAACCACAACUAUUUGCCAGUUGGAACCAAGACCUGGAUGGUUGGAGAUCCCUGAGGAUAUGAAUUUGUCCAAUGGAGUUUAAAUUUUGGACUGUAUUUGGCAGAACCUGCAAACCUUUGAUCAAGUCAUGCUCAUUUCUGGGGCAAAGUCAUAUUUUUUUGACCAUCAAGUAGUGUGUAUCACACACACACACAAACCCUGCGUAGCCGCCUCUCUUCUCGCGGACUUGUCAUCUCCAUAGUUAACACAGUACACAAGCUGGGAAACCAGCUUUCCAGUCUCCAAAGAGGCCCUGGCUGUAUUGUUGUCUCUUGCAGCACCUGAGUAAAUAUGUUUUAAGUCUUUAUAUAUUUACUCAAAAUGAGUGAGGUAAGUGUGAGAGUGUGCUAAUGAGUGAGUCUCACAUCCAGUGAGUGAGACUUGACGUGUUGUCUGCUGGUCACCCUGCUAUUAUUUAUGGCGCCUAAUGAUAAGUAUUAAAUCUGAUAAGAAAACACAAGAAAACAAAUUAGAAACUGAGCAGGGCGAAGUCUGCAGGCCCAGUCUGUUUGUUGCAAAGGGCUGUUUCAACACAUAGAGGGCUGUGCUGCCUGGAUGUUCAAAGGGGAAGCAGGCUUGAUUUUCAGCUAGGCCUUAGGCUUUUAGCACCAACAUGUAUUUCCAGGUGCAGUUAAAAUAAUUUGGAUAUGUAAGUAAAUGAUUGUGCCUGGAGUUCCAAGUACCAUCUUUGCAGGUGCAGUCAAGUACCUCGAGGUGAACUUAUUUGUACCCACAAUUUGCUGACACAGAAAUGGAAGCCUGAAAACCUGUCCUGAAGUGUCAGCCAAAGGACUAAGUGAAAAUUUAAUCUGAAUCCAUCUGUGUGAUGUAGACAUCAGAACCGGCUCAACUCUUCUUAGGCAAGGGGAAGAAAUGACUGUACAGAUUUCACACACCCCACCCCCUGCCACAAAAUGCCACUGUCUGACUUUGGUUCUCUGACUGUCGAUUCUGAUCGCACACCAGUUUCACAGAUUGACUUCACAGGAGUUAUGCCUGAUUUAUGCUGUCGUGAGAGCAGAAUCAGGCUCAUAAAGUGUAAGCUGCCAGGAUCAACUGUUCCUGCAAAGCAUUUCUAAGAUCAAAAACCCCUAAAGUUCUAUAGAAGUAAGGAAUUCUUCCAACAGAGAUUGGAGCGGUCCUGGAAUUAAUGUUUCUAUUGGCAUUGGGCCAAAUCGGCGAGGUACAAACGCAGCUGCAGACGGAAGUGUUUGAAAUCUGGUCUCCUCUUGGUGGCACCGUGCUGUCACUUUUACAAGGGGGAGAAAUAACCUUUGUUUCUAACAAAAUAUACCAGAAGCAUGAGUGGUAAUUGCAUGAGUGGUAGAUGGUCCUCUAGUAAUGUUAAGGUGUUAUGAAGGAAUCAGAGGAGAAUUAUUCACUGUCACUUAUUUAGCACAUAGUGGCAGCAAAAGACUAUAUGAAAUGCAUGUAAAUUUUCUUGAGACAUGAAAACAAACCCUUAAAGACCAUACCUGUCCAACACAUGGCCCCCCAGUGUGUGUUGAUUGCAUCAUGUGUUUCCCAUUCUUUUACUGCUGUCAGAAUGU